UGGCAAAGAGAAUGAGCUGAAUUGUUGGUCCUGUUUGGGGCUCAUGAUGGGGACUACGCAGAUAUCUUUAUGUGUGUUUCUUGGUUGUGUUAUUGCUGUUCAGUCUGUUCUGUAUCACAAUGGCAGAUUCACCCAGGAUGUUGUGGGAGUUUAUGAAAAUCGAGUGCCUUUUUCAUUUGGAAGAAACUUUGAUUUUACUCCGCAAGGCCCAAUCUUCAGCUCCUGGCAAUCCUGGACCCCUGACUUUCACAGGCUAGCUGGACUCUCUCCCUUCCUCAAUGUUCCCAGAGUACAGGUGUAUUGUGACGCAUCUACACUAACCGUGCUGGUUGAUAAGAGUGUCAGUGGUCUCAAACUGACUGGAGAGGAAAUACAGCUGGGGAAUGGCUGCUUCAGCAAUGGAGAGCUUGCAAAUGAAUUUGUCUUCACUUAUGGUUUUGCUGAAUGUGGAACUACACCUAUGGUGGAGGAUGACUUGGAGGUGUUCACCAACACCCUGUUCUUGAAUCUGAGAAGAAUUUCUCCCACCUGGUGGGAAACUCCCUCUGCAGUCCACGUGUUCUGUGUUGCAAAAAGGUUGAACAAGGUGCCAAAGUUUAGCGACACAGCACUUCCUGAGAAUGAUGACAUUAGCAUCAAAGCCAUGAGUUCGUCCUGGACGAGCGCAGCAGAGUCAAAUAUCUACAAAAGAGGCCAGCUUGUCAAUCUUCAGGUUUUGGCUAAAACCAGAAUAAAUCAAGAGGCUUUCAUCCAGUCCUGCUUUGUCUCGGUGUUCCCUGAGCCUCGGGCCAAACCAAGGCAAACAGUCAUAUUUAACAAAGGGUGCGUAACCCCACUGGGUUCCUCCACUACUAGAGUGACGUUUGUGGCCUCCAACAGCGCAGAUGCGGUUAAUUUUGUUCUGAACACGUCUUAUCUCAUUUCUGAGUUGUAUAUCCACUGUAGCGUGCUGAUCUCAGGCCAAGGUGUCACCCCAGGCUCUAAAUCCUGCAACUAUAAUGUGAUUGAAUCAAGAUGGGAGGAACUAAGUGGUGAUUUGGAGGCAUGUGAGUGCUGUAGCUCAAGGUGUAAAGCCAAAAACCUUCCUGGUGAUGCCAAAGCUGUGGUCAGCACUGGUCCCUUUGUCAUUGUGGAUGAAGAUGGUGAGAGAACUCUGCCUUCAAUUGCCGAAGAAGAAAGCGCUAACGUCCCAAACUCCAUGCAGUCUGCUCUUCCAGAUCUUGCUGAUGUGAUAGUUUCUUCUGUUCCAAGAAGCAAGUUCAAUGCUGGCCCAGAGGGUGUAGUGGCUGUAAGUCAGGACCCUGCCACCAGGCUGACGCUCUGGCUACCUGAACAGGUGCCUCCUCAGUCUGACUCAAAUGACAUUACCAAACUGCAUUCUUCAAUCACAAAUCAAGAACCUCAUCCGAAUCCGACCAAUGAGAUCAAAGGUCAAAGUUUCAGUAGUGUUUCUCCGUCAACUAUGAAUUUGCCAACUAUGGUUAACGGAUGGAAGAGUCCUCCACACCCAGCUGUUCCAGAGGACUUCAAAAGAAAAAGCCGGUCUGGAAGAUCUGGCAACUUUGACAGCAAAGAGGAACCGGUUAACUUUUCUUUGCCAGCUGAGAUUAGUGUAAAGUACCUUAUGCUGGUUGAACGGCCAAAUUCAGCAGAAUUGGACAACGCAGCUGCUGUAGAGGAAUCCCAAAGUGAAAAAUGGCUGCAGAAUGAGAUUAAGGACCCAAACCAUGAUGACCUGCCCCAGAUGCUGACAGAUGGUGCUAUGAUGCCUGAAGGAACAGUUGAAAUCCCACCAAUAACGCGCUCCAAACUCUCCUUUUCCAAAGCUGCUGAUGGGUCGCAGACACUGAGUUAUGAGGAAGAGGCAGUGGUACACAAGACAAGUCCAGUGGAAAGAAAACAGUUGAAACUAAAGGGGCUGCACUCAACUUUCUUGAAUCUGUUGAGGAGGAUGAAGAAUGCAGAAUAACCACGGCAUGAAAAGACUUUAAACUUGUACUUGAGAUAAAUAAAACUGAUGUGCACUUA